AUGGGGUAUAUCUACAAAUACAAACGCGGCGCGGCCAACAACAUGGGCAACACCGUCCUCUUGAGGAUCCUUCCUCCCCUCUCUGGCCCCAACGACCAGCCCGAUGCCAAGCGCCCGGCCCUGGAUAAAGUAGUGAAGAACGACACCGACGCCGAGGCGGACGUGUCGAGCAACCAGAUUCCCUCCAUCGAAGACACCAAGGAUAUCCAGGGUGACACUGUCGUCCCUGACGCCCCUAACGGCAAGCACGCCGACACCCAGCCGAUCCAGUCAACUGCCUCUCAUGGUGAACGCGCUGGCUCCCAUUCCGACCAGCAUACCCCUCAGGACGAGACGAACUGGAUCCACAUCCGCGCCGUGAUCUCCAGCCCGGAGGCUGCGACUGUGAUUGGAAAGGGAGGUGAGAAUGUUUCCCAGAUUCGUCGUCUUUCCGGUGCCAAGUGCACCGUUAGCGACUACUCGCGGGGUGCCGUCGAACGCAUUUUGACCGUCAGCGGCCCCCAGGAUGCCGUAGCCAAGGCAUUUGGUCUGAUCAUCCGCACCCUGAACAAUGAACCCCUCGACUCCCCUUCCACUGCCCAGUCUAAGACGUAUCCUCUGCGUUUGCUAAUCCCGCACAUCCUCAUCGGCUCCAUCAUCGGCAAGGGUGGAAGCCGCAUUCGUGAGAUCCAGGAAGCUUCCGGUGCGCGCCUCAAUGCGUCUGACGCCUGCCUUCCCUUGUCAACUGAGCGCUCCCUCGUCAUUCUCGGUGUUGCCGAUGCCGUGCAUAUUGCGACCUACUAUGUUGCUGUCACCCUCGGCGAGCAAUUGACGGAGCGAUUCGGUGGCCCGGCGGCCUCGGCCUACGCCACUCGUAGUGGUGGCCCUGCUGGUGCCGUUCCCGGUGGCAUGCAGGUCGUCCCUUACGUCCCGCAGCCCGCUGGUGGCCAGUAUGGUCAUCCUGAAACAUUCAAGCGUCACCACCCGCACCCUAACCGCGCCCAAACCGGUUCUUACGGCGUCCCGUAUCUGCACGGUCAAGCGACUCCGGCCCCUCCUGCCCCAUACGCUGGCGGGCCACAGCCUACCCCCGGCCGUGGAGCCCCUGCCCCUGCCGCCCCCGCUGGUGGUGCCAUGCCUGGCCAGCCUCUGACCCAACAGAUCUAUAUCCCUAACGACAUGGUCGGUGCCAUCAUUGGAAAGGGUGGCGCUAAGAUCAACGAGAUCCGUCACCUGAGUGGCAGUGUUAUCAAGAUCAACGAGCCCCAAGAGAGCAGCAAUGAGCGUCUGGUAACAAUCACUGGUACCCAGGAGUGCAACCAGAUGGCUCUAUACAUGCUCUAUUCCCGACUUGGUUCGUCUUUUACCCCAGGCCUCCCAUGA